AUGGCAUUCAUGAUGAACGCUAUUGGUCUUGCGUUUGCUCUCCUCAGUUUUCAUCAGGUUCAUGGUUUUUCUAUAGUCACAGAAAACGGUGGCCAAAAUAUAACUCACCUUGACACAAAUGAUAUUGAUGCUAAAAAUGUUGAUGUUUUUAGACAACUUCUGAACCAGGAAACGAUCAUAAGAAUAGGAUUAGUGAAAAAUGUGCACUCACUGAUGAAAGACAUGGUCGACCUGAAACAAAGUAUUGAGAUACUGGAAUCAUCACAGCAGAAAACAGAAGUAAAGGUGAUAGCAUUGCAAAAGGAAGUAAACGAACUUAAACACGAAAACGAGAACUUAAAACUGAACAAUAGACGGUAUGAAGAAAUAAUCAAUACAAUUAAAGAAAACUUCACUCAAAUAAAUGGCCGUUUUCUUGAGUUUGAAGAACAAUUAGAAGUUAAGAGAGAAGCUUUUGAGAAAAACACCAGUGCGAUACUUGGAGACCUGAAAGUUGAAGUUCGAUAUCUAUCAGUUACUCUUCUGAACCUGAAUAAACAUACUUUGGAACUAGACAAGAGUAUUCCUGAAUUGAUAGAGCAAAAGUAUGAGAUUCUGUCAACAAACUUAAAUACUUCUCUGGAAAAUUUAAAUAAUGAUUUACUUGUUUCUGGCGCAAAUAUAUCAAAGUCGGUGUUAAACCUGGAAAACUCUCAGAAUACACUUGUGUCUUCAAUGUUUGAUAAAAUCAACAAAACCAUUGGCGACAUAAAGGAUGACGUCACACAAUCUCAGUACGACCAGAUGAAGCUGUCCUCUACUGUGUCGUCUCUGGAGGUGUUCCGAAUGAAUGUUACCGGAAAUAAAUGCGACUUGUCUCGGAGGGUAGCUUUUACUGCUGGAGUGACGUCUAAUAGCGGCUCCUGGAGCAGUGGCACCUUGGUGUACGAUAAAGUCAUCAACAACGUGGGAGGAGGAUAUAACCCAAACACCGGAAUCUUCACCGCACCAGUAGAGGGAGAUUAUGUGUUCUACGUCAGUAUCCAAAGUUACAAUACCGAAAAUAUAUAUGUAGAUAUUGUGUUAAAUGGAUCUAGUAAGGUCAGAGCAGCGGCCUACACCCAUAGCUCAAACGAAUAUCGUGAUGUGGGUACAAACCUUGUAACAUUACGACUACAGAAGGGAGACACGGUAUGGGUAAAACAUCACAGUGGUACAGGUUAUCUGACAAGCAGUGACGCACCUCGCACCACGUUCUCUGGAUUUCUUAUUUGAAUUAUGACCAUUGACUCUUUA